CGCGCGAGCGAGGCGAGUGAGCGAGCGUUCGUUCGGGCGGGUGUGCGUCGCGCUCGCUGUUGUUGCGUCGCGUUACGUUGCGUUACGGUGCGGUACGGUGCGGUGCGGUGCGGUGCAGUGCGGUGUGGAACGACGACGGUGAAGGGUACUACGAGUGGAAGACACGUCCGUGGCUGGGCUGCUAGGCGGGCGUAGGCGAGGUUCCGUGACGACCGUUCGGUGGCGCAGCAGAAAUUCCCCGGCGCGGGUUGGUCAACGACGUAGUUUCGCGCCCUAAUGCUCUCGUCGCCAUAACAGGUGAAUCGGGCAAUUCUCGACGGUACAAUUUACGAAGCACGUGUUUCACUCGGCGCUGUGAAUUUUCCUCCUCGUCGUCGUCAAAGAGAGGGGCACGAGCCAACGGAUGUGUUGGUGCCUCGUCGCGCGGGGUAAUUAAGUCGAGCGACGCAACUUUGUGGUGAUAACGAUUAACGACGAUUGUGCAACCUGUGCGCCGCCCCGAGCAGGAGCGAGAGCGUGUGGAUGCACGACGUGUUCGUGAGUCACGGCGGGGUGCUGCCGGUGUGUGGGUCACGAGUAAGACGGACACGAUAAUUCUUGGCCGAUGAAGAGCAGAGCAGCACGAGGACGAGUAGUAGAAGGAGCAGCAGCACGAGCAAGAGCGAGUGGCUUCGUCAUCGUAGAAGGUGGUGGCGCCGUGGAGAAGCAAAAGAAGAAACGAGGACGAAGUGGCGGCAGCAGUGGCAACGGCGACAAUACGGCGACGAACAGCCAGGUCCCCCCAUGUUAGCGGACAUCAACGGCAACCUGGCGGAUCUGAGAAGCGAAGCGAUGGCGUCGCAGAGGUUCUGUUUGCGCUGGAACAAUCACCAGAGCAAUCUGCUUUCCGUCUUCGACCAGCUGUUACACGACGAGUCGUUCGUCGAUGUCACGCUGGCCGUUGAGGGCCAAUUACUCAGAGCGCAUAAGAUGGUGCUGUCGGCAUGUAGCCCUUAUUUUCAGGCCUUGUUUGUUGGCCAUCCCGAUAAGCACCCGAUAGUCAUUCUCAAGGAUGUUCCGUAUGUGGACAUGCGCAGCCUUUUGGACUUUAUGUACCGCGGCGAGGUAAGCGUCGAUCAAGACCGACUGACCGCCUUUCUACGAGUCGCCGAAUCCCUAAGGAUAAAAGGCCUGACCGAAGUGAACGAGGACAAAUGCGAUCUACCAAGUAUCACAUCCUCGCUAUUGGGUGGCGGUCAGAACACGGUGGCGCCGCCGCCGCCUAAUCUCCAUCGGAUCAACCAAAUCGGCCAGCAUCAUCACCAUGUCGCGCAAAAGAGGUUCCAUCAUAUGUCCAGCCAUCCGUUACUCGGCUCUGCGCUUACGGCGCCCAAGAGAAAACGCGGUAGACCUAGGAAGUUGAGCGGUUCAUCGGACACGCCGAUUGGUGAAAUCGGCGGCCAAGACUUACAAUCCUGUUCGAGCGCCGAUUUAGUACAAGGUUCACCCGAAAUGAUGGAAAUGAAGAUGGGGCUGGAUUUUCAGAGCGAGGUUAGCGGCAACAGUAACAUCAGGAGUGGCAACAACACCGCCAACAGCGUUGGUGGCAAUUCCGCGGCGGGUGCUAAUAAUUCCGCCGCUGGUACAGCCUCCUCAGGAUCGUCGUCGGCGAGAAGAGACGAGCCUACGGAGAAUGGCACCGACACACCAGAGCCGCCGGUCACGCGGGUUAAACGGGAACCAGAACCGACACCCAGCACCUCGGCGCAAGCCUCGGAUGAAACAUUCGCGCGGCCGCACAGUAGACAAGGAAGUGAAGGUUUCAAGCAAGAGUUCUCAUCGAACAAAUCGGAUAGUGGCAACGAGACCUGGAAAGAGAAGACCCGUGGCUUGAACCAGGGUUCUUCACCGGCUGCGAUGGAUAUAUCGUCGUCUCCAAACUCUUCAUCGUCCUCGUCAUCAUCAAACGUACGGGCGAAUACGUCGUCGUCGACAUCGACGACAAACGCUGUACCGACGACGACAAACGCGGGCGCGACAUCAACUACGACAAGCGCGGGUGGCACGCUGACCCGGAGCUCAUCGGGCUCACCGGCUUCCAGGACUCAAAAUAGCGGCGGUGCGAACACCACGUCCGGCGCUGGCGUGAUGUCAGCGCCUAGCGGUCGCCAGGCACCGAAGCGGCGGAUGCGACGUCGGGCCACUUCGCAAUCCCAGGAUCCGGCCGAACAGCUGACGGAAAUGUCAGUACGCGGCUUAAAUCUCUUCCGUUAUGCUUCCAUCAACGAGGGCGUUUAUCAAUGCACCGAAUGCGCCAAGCUUGACAUUCAGAAAACCUUCAAGAACAAGUAUAGUUUCCAGCGACACGCGUUUCUCUAUCAUGAGGGUCAUCAGCGCAAAGUAUUUCCUUGCCCGGUGUGCGGCAAAGAGUUCUCUCGUCCGGAUAAGAUGAAGAAUCACAUGAAGACCGUGCACGACUGUUUUAUGCCCAAGGAUUGCGUCAUGCCUUUUGGCUUUUAUUUGCCUGGUGGGCCUUAGCGGGCGGGGCGAGGGCGAGGUGGGCUGCCGAUCGGCCCGGCGGCGGUUCAGAAGCACGCGAGGAGGCUCGGUGCCACCGUGACGUCCAGAAACGUGGCCGCGGCGGCUAGGGCGACUGCCUUUAGGCGCGGCGGUCGCUCUUGAGCGAUGCUUGUUUGGCAAUGGGGUAGAUGAAUAGAGAGAAUCACGGGUUUAUAAAGAUUGAACGAUCUCAAAAGCAGCGCAAUCUUGGAAAAAUUAUUUUAAAAAAUAGAACUUAGAUUUAUAUAAUAUUUGUCAAAAUAGAGAAAAAUAUGUGUAUAUACGUGUAUAAGCGUUUAUACUAAUGAUUAAAUAUCAAAUGUAUUAACUUUCAAGUUAUUUAUAUAUAAUCAAUUUUUCAAAAUUGCAAAGGUAGAAAAACUAAUUCGAUAUUUUUCAUUAUGAUUGCUACAUGAAUUGCUGCUGCCUUUAUUAGUAGAGCUAUCACGGACAUAUUGACAAACAAUCGGUAAGUAAAUAAAUUGCUUUCCAGCAAGAGAAAUCUUGCGGAACAAGUUGCCGAAGAAAGUGAAUCAACUGUUGAUUAUUAUGUUUAUUUUAUCUGCUCGCUAUUGCUAUCAUCGCGUUUGCCAACAUACGUAAGCUCACGUCGAAAAAAAUUUGGACCAAUCGCGUAGCCCAUCUCACCCCCGCGAUGACGAUGAUGAUCGAUAAUGAUUCGUUUUCCUAUCCUCCAAGUAGUGAAGCAGAGGAUAAGAGACUUUUAAAGAGAAAGAGACAAUGUUGUCCUUUGAGAAAAUACGAGAGAACGAGAGAGCGAGCUCAAAGGAAGUCUAGAGAAGAAGGGAGAAGGGCCGACGAUACGUGAUAAAGACAAAAGAAAAAGAAAAACAAUCUUCUUUAACUUCCUAUGUACAUUAGUAUUAUAUGAUCUUUGAACCGUGCAAUAACGAGCUCAAUCCUCGAUUACUCGUCGAAUCAGCGUAAUUCAGACAGCACGUGGAGAAAAAUUGUGGUGCAUGUGUGCAUUAGCGGAACAGUUUUUUUUUAUAAAUUAUUCUAUUUUUGAUUAAGAAGCGGAAGAUAUGUGAUGAUUAAGAAACACAAAAAAAUGUGUUGAUCAAGUCAAAAUAUGAUUAAAGACAAAAAUUUCUUGAAAUCGUAACGAUUAAAUCGAUAGAAAUUCGCUUUCUACAUGCACCACGAAACAGUGUCGUGAUUCUUAUACCCUGAAAAAAUCCUCGUAUCAAAUGUUCGAGAAAUCGAACAUUGGUCUCGCGAGCAACAUCGAAUUAAAAGUAUUUCUUAUGGAAGUAUACUCAAGAAUCUUUAGAACUCUUCAAGUUACUUCGAAAAAAAUAAGAAACAUUUGUUUCUUAAGAGGGCUCGACUCAGGACCUGAAUCGAAAAUAUGUGACGAAAUGGCAAAUUUUUUCCACCGAAAAAUGAUAAAUGAUAGAGAAAAGAUUACAAUCUUAAUAUUAUCUAUCGAUUUUUAACGUUUCACGAAUACAAAUAUGAAUCUUUUUGAUAUGUCAAAUAUCUCUUGUGUGUCAGCAAUACAAAGAGAUAUCUUUCUAAUUUUAUGUACACAUUAAAUAUUCCAAAUUUUAAAUGUUUUUGUUAAAUUAGAAUUCAUUUUAAAUGUAAAUUUAAAUGUAAAUUUACAACAAUUUACAGAACAAUUAAUACCUGCCCAUAUAUUUCCUUAAAAAAUUUAAUUUAUCAAAAUUAUUUAAUGUUGAAAAUGAUUUAGGUUUGAUAUUUAAGUUUGAUAAAUAAUGCAUUCCUAUUUUCUUAUGGAAUUUUUGCGCGCGUGCAAUGCAAUAUAUAAGAAAAUUAUCAAAAUAAAGGGAAUUCAAAUUAUUGUUUCGUGAAACGAGCAGCAUUAUAAUAUAAUAAUUCUCUCUUGACAUACGCGAAAAAAAUCGAAAAUAACAAAAGAAAAAACGGACGAGAAAGGGAGAGAGACGAGAGUGUAUAUUUAUCGCUAAGUAUAUUAGUGUGGCUAUAUAUAUAUAUAUAGAGAGAGAGAGAGAAAAGAAAAAAAAUUCGGGGAAAGAAUGCGGGGGAUAUAUCCUGUAUAGUGUAAUCUCGUCUGGUGUACAGGUUUCUUUCUUUUCUUUCCUAUUUUUUUAACUCUCGAGGAAGUGUAUUAUACAAGCAUUAUUGAUUAUUGGUUAUAUUAACUAGUUACUUGCUAUUAUCGAUUACUUUCGCACUUGCUAUUGAUACAACCGUAACAUUAUUUUUAUUGUCACUGUUAUUAUAUUACAGCUAUUAUAUUAUUAUUAUUUUUAUUUUUAUUUUUAUUGUUCGAUAAGGAUUAUUAACUUUUAGCUCUGGACCAGCAUGGAUAUAAAAAUUGGUUAUUAUUACACUAAUUAUUAUUAUUAUUCUAUUAAGUAUGUAAGCGAACGCACACACAGACGCACGCGCACAUAGAGAGAAGACGUUAUAUGUUGUAUAUGUACACAGAUAUUUUGCAGAGACACAUGCAUAAUGUAUGGGUCUCUUAUUUCCCUUUUCCUUGCCUCCAAAAAGAUCCAAACAACGAGAUCUAUCUCAGUUCGGAAUAUCGUUGACAACAAGAGAGAAAGAAUGAGAAGGAGAAAGAGUGAGAAGAUGAGGGAUGACACCAGUUGUCAUUUAAUUUUUCAAGAAUUAUGAAGACAAGUACAAUUUCUGCGUGUAUAUGUACAUCUCUAUUAAUGAAUCAACCUCGCAAGAGCUUUCGAGGAAGCACCGAGAACCGAAAGCAGUAUUUUCGUCUUCCGCAUUGGUGUUAUCCGUGUAUGUGUGUGAGAGAGAAAGACAUAAAACGUGAAAAUGUAAGUAAAUGCAUAUGUGAGAAUGAGAAAAGAGAGUUAUUUAAAAAAAUACAUAUAUGUAGAGAGAGAAGAGAGAAAGAUAAAAAAAGAAAGAUAUAUAUAUCGUAUGAGAGGGAAAGUGCACAUGUUCAUGAUAUCUUUCUCAGCAGGAGUCUGCGGCGUUGCCUUGAGAUAUCAAAGUUACAUUGAUAGCUUUUGUUACACGCGACUACACAUGUAAAAAUAUUUGCGAAAGAAUGCUUCGAUCAUUGUGGAUCUUUUCUUCAUAAAUUUUCGAUAUAAAAUUCUAACUUUGUUUUAUUCACGAUGCAAUUAUUUUCUUUAAACCAUAGAAUUCUAAAAUUUAACAGUAGUUAAAAUCUAACAAUAAAUGUAUAUAAAGCUUUAUCUGCUGAUAAGCCAUAAAUCUGAUGAUGAUGAUGAUGGUCCUUUGUAAAAAAAAAGAAAGAUUAUGAAACUUUGAAAAUUCUAAAAAUAAUUUUUCUUUAAAAUUAUUUAAUAUUACAUUUAUAUUACUGAACAGAAAGUAUCUUUAGAUUCGUUUCAAUCGAUUUAAUAUUUAAUGAACAUUACAGGCUAAAAAUAAUAAUAUCUCGAAGCAAAGCCUUGCGAUAACGCGUGUCACCUUUCCUCUCAUUGUCAGUUUUCCAAGGCGCGUCGCAAGCAGCGGCGAACUUACUUUUUACGGUUUUAGUUUCAUACGAUUACUACUAAAUAUAUUGCUACGUUACUAUGGCGUUAUUUGCUAUUUUUUUGACACAGUCAAAUUAACGUUUAUUAUUUGAUUUUCCAAUUUUAUUAUCUGUAACAUAGCAGAUAUCAGUUGGAGAAGCGCGCGAGAUGCGUUUAGGCUUUAAAGAAGACGCGGCGCGUUCAGCGGAGCGAAACGCGAGACGUAGUAAAAUGCGAUUAUAUUAUUAAUAUUAUUAUUAUAUUAUAUAUAUAUAUUAUUCACACGAUGCAGAUAUUUUAUUUAAGCGUUAAAUGGUACAUAUAUUAUAUAUAGACAGAGAAAGAGAGUUUUAAACGAUAAUUAUGUCGCCCCUCUUCUAUCUUUUCAAAAUUUGUCGUGCAAAAGAAAAUGGAAAGAAUCGAUUCGUUUAACAUAACCGCAUAAAUUUUAUUUUACAAAUUAAAUUUCUAUUUGCGAUUGGUCAUUGCGAAUCGAUCAAUCGCAUGAGCAAGCAAUAAAUUUUCGGAGAAUAUGAAAAGAAAAAACAUUUUUUUUAAUGACGAUGAAAAAAAAUAAUAAAAAGAAACUCGUACGCGUUAUUCACACUAUCGUGUCUCUUUCAAUGUCUUCCGAAAUCGAGAGAGAAGAUUUAUAUGAAUUUUUCAUUAGCAACGGAUAUUUGCAAAAAUUUUCUCGGACAACAAUUUUAUAAAAUGUAUACAAUCGAAAAAAAGGAUUUAAAACUAAAUUAAAUUUUUUGAAAUUUUAAUCCUAUGAAGCAUCCUAUAAUUUUUUGAUUUACAUUCCUUAAAAAAAAAUUAUAGAAUUAUAGAAUUUAAAUUAAUUAUUUAAUUUAUAAAUUGAUUAAAAUCAACUUAUAUAUAUAAUUAUUUUAAAUAUUUUAAUAUAUGCAAAACGUACAUAUUCUUUUAUAGGAUGGUAAUUUGUCGGAAAAAGUUUUACAGAUAUACCGUUGAACCGAUUAUUCUCGAUGUAGCAAUUGCAUCUGCAAUAGGAGGAGGCGGCAGAGAUUGUAUGCAUUUCGAAAGUGAUUUAUAAAAAAAAAAAUAUACAUAUGUUGCGAAUAAAAAAGAAAAUUAUUAUAUAUAUAUAUAUAUAUAUAUAUAUAUAUAUAUAUUAUAUGAAAAAAAAUAUAUAUAUGUACGUGUUCCACGCAUAUACAUAUAUAUGCAUUGGAGAAGAAUAAUAUAGAAGAAGCAAGAUGCACACGUUCGCACAUUAUCGUCAUAUGUCGCGGAACCUGUCCUAAUUAUAUACGUUUCGGAUGUACCUAUAUGUAUAUCUUUGGUGCCUGGCGAGAAGAACGAUAACACACAAUCUAAUAACGAUUAUUAUCAUUUUUAUUUGUUUUUAUCUAAUUGUAGUUUCUCUCUUUGUAACUUUUUGUGAUAUACAUUGCAAUAGUUUAGCGGAGUA